AUGAAACAAUCAGUUCAAAGAUAUUCUGUGAAAAUACCUAAACAUGAUGUUAUUGAUAAGAAAGUAUACUAUACAAUAAGUGUAUAUAACUUGGAAGGAGGUUAACCUAAAGAGAUAAAAAAAAGAUAUUCUGAAUUAGAGUCCAUGCAUUAAAAAAUAUUAGAAUGGAUUCAUAUAUUCAAAAUAAAGAUUCCAAUGAUAAAUUUUCCUAAAAAGAAGUUUUUGUUUCAUACAAAUUAGAGUGAAGAAAGCAUUAUUAAACGAGUAAACUUUGAUUGUAUUUAAAGAGAGGAGAAUUAUAAUAAUAUCUGAAUGAAAUUCUUGCCUGUCCAGAAUUACAUUGUUUAGGAGUAAUUGAAGAGAUGCUUCCUAAAGAUCCUAAAAUAGGUACAUAGAAAUAAAAUGAUUAACCUGUUGAUAGAAGAUGGCAAGAAAUACAAUAACUCAAAGAAUCCUAUUUAGCAAAACAUGGAGAUUCAAUAUUUUCAUUGCCUCAAAAAAAAAUUGAGUUACAAAACAAGUAUUAACUUCUAAUAUUUCUAGAUAGUAAUAUAUAUUUAAAUUUGAAGAUCAUAUAAUAUUUGAUGAUUCUGCAUUAUAUACAAUCUAAGUAACAGAUACUAUUACAAACAAAAGUUGGAAAUUUACUUAGCGCUUUUAAGACUUAAGAGAUUAUCAUAGGCAAUUAAAAAGUAUUCAUCUUGAUAUUCCUUUGCCUAAUUUUCCUGAGAAAAAAUUAGUAAAUAUCUCAGAUGCUACUGAUUUACGUGAGAGAAAAUCUUAGUUACAAGACUAUUUAAAUCGAAUUUUUGGGUAUUAAAUCAAUCAUAUAAUAGCUAUUAAACAAUAGUCGAAAGUGAUAUUAUGGUAUUUUUCAUUGCAAAAAGUUAACUAGAUGGUAAUGAAAUAGGCUGUCGAUCUAAAGGAACUUCUUAAACCACUUUAGAAGUAAUUAUAAUUAAAUAUGUAAAGAACUCUAGUAUAAAAUCGAAAAGCCAAACUACAAUUGAAUAAUAUGAUGAUGAUCACAAAUAACCUCGAAAAAUUACAUGUUGA